UUCUUCUUCUCCACCGCCUUCAUGGUAGAACCUUGACGAGGAAGCAGAAGUCGUCUAAGUGUUUUAGGGGAAUACUUACGUUAACGUUUGGGAUGCUGAAACCGUUUCGUUAGCUUUUGGAGCUAUCUCGCGGCCACGCCGUUAGCUUUUGCUAUUAGCCGGGCGGCCAUUUAGCUCAACGGUUCUUGUCCAUGACGGGGGACAUGGAGACUCAGUCGGUGUACAUGUGCUUCCCCUGCUACAAGGAGUUCAACACCCUGGAAGAGGUGCUGAAGCACCAGAUGACUUGCACGGCCGAGGAGGACCAGGCUGACUUGUCCCGCGUCACGCCUAUGAUUGUUCCGGUGCUCCAAACGCAGCCGGCCCUAACACAGGAGGAGACGGUCGGCCCGCGAAUCCAAGUGGAGCUGGAGACACUGUCGGCACAGUCUGCCGAUAAUGUGGUGCAGGAGGCUGACAUGGAGGCCCAAGAGGCCGAGCUCAGCGAAGAUCAACUGUUGGAUCAGCCCCGAAUCCUCUACCAGUGCGGGGACUGCGAGGAGCUCUUCAAGAGCCUGGACCAAUGGCAGAGUCAUCGCAAAGAAGGUGUCUGUAUGAGGGCCGUCGUCGUGGGCGAGUCGGACAACGAGCCGCAGUCCGGUUUCCCUGCCGAGGAACCUCAUCCCGUCGCCGAGCCUGACGUGAGUGAGCACGAGUCCGACCGAGCGGACGCUUUGGGAUCAGAAAAGGAACAAACACGAGACGUUGAAGCUUCGUCGUGCGACGGUUCCGACCCGGCGGCUCCCGAGGUGGUCACAGUGUCAUCUGCGCUAGAAGAGUCGUCUCCCAGGAAGAGAGGCGCAUUAAAGAAGCCAAAGCCUGAUCCGGUGCUGCUGUGCGUGGACUGCGGCUCCUGUUUCGGCCUGGUCUCCGAACUGGUGGCCCACCGCAAGACGCAUGGCUUCGAGGAGGCCUUGCACCACUGCACCGUGUGCGGCGAGAGCUUUCUCAACACCACCCUCUUCCUCUACCACCGCAAGCAACACCGGCAGAAAGGCGAAGGAAGCACCACAGUGGCGAGCAGCCAAUCAGAGAAAAUGUACCCGCACAGCAGCGCGGCGGAGGGGCAGGAGCCAGAUGGCGCGCCCUCCACCUCUUCGGCGCAGCCCGCCGAGCUCUUCCUGUGCCUCCAAUGUGGCGGCAGCUUCAACAGCGCCGCCGUGCUGGCCACGCAUCGUCGGGCCAUGCACGACCUGGACACGCCCAUCCAUUCCUGCUCCUACUGCAAGGAGACCUUCAUGAACACCACCCAGUACCUGUACCAUCGCAGGCAGCACCGCGUUCUGGAGUGCGGCCCGAUAGAUGAAGUGGAGACCGGCGACGAGAUCGCGUCGCCGACUGAGGAGGCGCAGACCUCAAAGCGCUUGCUCACUGAGUCGGAUGCACCAGCCCCAAAGAGGAGCAGGCAGGUUUUCCGGAUCGUUGGCAAAGGAAACAAGGAUUCUAGCGGUAAAGAGGAAGCGGAGGGCGGGGCAGCAGUUCCGGUGGACACGGCGAACCUCCCGCCACCCGCCAAGCUGCUGCAGGACUGGUCCCGCACCGCCCUGCCCCACGUAUGCCCCUACUGCGGCAAAACCUUCACCAGGCGCGUCUUCUUGCGCACGCACGUCUACAGCCACACCGGAGAGAAGCUCUUCAAUUGCAAGGUGUGUUCCAAGUCCUUCACCAACUCACAGAGCCUGCUGCGCCACACCAUGAGUCACAGCGGCAACAGGCCCUUCUGCUGCGACGUGUGCGGCAAAGAUUUCACGCAGGCCGCCACUCUCAAGAGGCACCAGCUCAUUCACACCUCGGACCAGCCUCGUCGCAAGCGCGGACGCAAACCGAUGUAUGCUGCAGAUGGUGACGUUGGAGACGGUCUCUUCUCGUGCCCCCUCUGUCCUUCACACUUUAACACAGAGGAACAGCUCAACCAUCACAAACUUCUCCACACCAGCAACCCAUUCCCCUGCCCGGACUGUGGAGAGGCAUUCAGUCGCAGGAAGGACCUCGACCUGCACUCCCUCACCCAUCAAGACAAGGAGCCCGUCGUCUGUCCCCACUGCUCCUCCCAGUUCAUCAACGAGUCUGUGCUUGAGAUCCACCUGCAGCGCUGCACAAGCGAGGAGGAGAGGAACACCGGACGCGGGCGAGGACAAGGACGGGGGCGCUCCACAGGACAGAUUGAGUGCGACCUGUGCGGCCACCGCUGCAUGACCCAGGAGGGCCUGGACCUCCACCGGCUAUCCCACACCGGCCAGACGCCGCUCAAGUGCCCGGUGCGGCCCUGCCGCCGCCGUUUCAUCUCCAACAAGGCCCUGGAGGAGCAUGUGCUGGCCCACUGCCAGGGCAAAAUUAGCAAGUCCAAGAGCCGGGUCCGCUUCGAGUGCGAGAUCUGCUUCAAGGGCUUCGCCUACAACUCCACCUUCCAGGUUCACAUGAGGACUCACACCAAUGAGAGGCCCUUCGAGUGCACCACCUGCGGCAAAUGCUUCCGCCAGCUGCCCCACCUGCAGGACCACGAGCGCAUCCACAGCGGUGUGCGGCCUUUCUGCUGCUGGAUCUGCGGCAAGAGCUUCAGCGUGGCGGCCCGCCUCACCGAGCAUGCCCGCACCCACAGCGGCGAGAAGCCGUACCCGUGCCCCAACUGCCCCGCCGCCUUCCGCUCCCGCUCCAACCUGGACAAGCACAUCCGGCAGCACGGCGACCAGGCUGCCCAGGCCGCCGAGGAGGUGGCCAGCGCCAACGAGGCGGCGCAGGUCCAGAAGGUGCUGGAGGGUGCCAAAGUGCUCUCCUCCCUUGCCGACGCCACCCAGGUGGAGGUGGACGACGGCAACGGCGGCAUGCAGACCAUCUACGUGCUGCAGGCCAGUGAGGGCGGCGGCGAGGCGGUCAUGAUCCCCGCUGAGGAGCUGAGUGGCAUGGACGGAACCUCGCAGGUGGUCAUCCUGCCCUCGUCCAUGCUGGGAGCGCAGGGCAUCACCAUUCCCACCAUCACAGUGGACGGCAGCGAGAUCACCAUGAUGGACGGCUCGCAGUCCCCGCAGCAGCACUCCAUCGAGUUCAUCGUGGAGGAGACUAUUUGAGCGUCGAGCCCCGGGUGAAGUUUCACUCAAAAUAUACAUUCCUUGGAAAGAAAAUUAGAUAGUCAACUUGAGCGCUAAAGUUCACAAGUGUUAGAUGUGCGAUUGAUUUUACCUUCUCUUAACUUUGGAAUACAAGCCCAUCUGUUCAAUGCUUCAGUGCCUUUUGCACAACUUGCUAACAACAGUAGUUGUGAGCCACGAUCCCUGGCUCAUUUCGAAUUAGGGUUUAACGCCUCUUCUUCAUCAUGAGGAGUGCACGCCCACCUCAAAUACUGCAAUUGAUCAAUAAAACGAGAUGUGGCCGCAGAGUUGGUGCGCUCAGCACAUUGCGACAGAGAUUGGGAAAGACCAGAAAAGUCCAAGAAAUGGACACAUUGCAAAUUUUCUUUUAUCAAAAACCUGUUGUGAAUUUUGAAGUGCAAACAAGUAGUGAAACAUUGACCAAGUGUUCAUGUGCAUCGUGGAGGUCACCUUUAAAGCUUAGAGCGCAUUUUAGGAUCUUCCUUUAAUUUCACGCAAACUUAAUAGUUUCCAGCUUUAACCACCCUGCCUUAAAAUACAAUCAAACCUGGAAAGAUCCACCCUCCGUUUUUUCCUCAAAUUCAAUCUUCCGACAACUGUUGUGGAAACAUUUAGGUUACUUUAAACUCUUCUUCAGCCUAAAUUUUGGACUUGUGUUCAGUUUAUAACACAGAAUGUGGACUUGGAAGAAGAAAGACUGGUGUUUGUUAUGACCAUUAUCCAACAUCAGUGGCGACACACCGAAUUGAUUCGGUCGUCGGCCACCCUUGAAGAAAAUCUUACAAAAAAUCUUCCUACUUGUGUUAGUUUACUGCAUGCUUUGAAUGCGAAAUGUAGUGCCAUCUGGUGGACAAUAAAAAAAGAUCAAUGCGAAAGCCGACAGUCCAAAUGUAAAUCUUAACAAAUGA